UCUACCCCUCAGCGUCUCUGAGGCUGCUUUGCAAUUCAUAGAAUUGGUAAUUUGCUAUUGGGACAAAACGUGAAGGGAAAAAUAAUCAGAUCAACCGGGAGAGGUAGUGAGGAAGGAGCCAGGAGGAAGAAACACAAGGUUUCUCUCUGCAAGUUGCUGCUCAGUAAAAUGCUUCGAGAGGUAAAUGAUAAUAAAAAAAUUGAGCCUAUUUUAUGUAUAUGUCUAAAACAGCAGCAGCUUGGCAGUCGAUGUCUUGUAAAAUUGAAUAGACUUUCAUGAUAAAUGAUAAUGAUCAGAUAUGGCACUUAACCUUUCGGGAUUAUAAAAUAAGAUACUGAACGGUAUGAAUGAACUAUCUACUAUUUGUCACCUGCACUAUCUGUGCGCGCGCGUGCGCGUAGGGUAACGUACAACUUGGCCUAUCGUCGACUAAGUGGGUUGUGAUGAUGAGAUCAUCGACAACAUUGGAAAUGACCGAGACAGUAGGCUACAAAUAAAUGACAUCCGCGGAGGCUUUGAAAUGGAGCGAAUGCUCCCAAAUGUGUCACGCGUUCACGGACACGUCACGUGGCGCUUAUUUACACGCCUCUGGUUGUGUGGGCGGCUGCGGAGCCUUAUAAUCUAUUUAAAAUGAGGAGCGCUAUAAUCAUCAGUGACCUAUUAUAAAGGUGCACGGGUGCGUGUUUUGUAAGUGCAUGUGUGUAUGUUUUUGGGGGGGAGGUAGAGACAACCCCUUCAAAAAGAUCUCCGUACUCCCCCACGUGGUUAUUUGCAAAACAACCCAUCUGAACUCAGGGAAACCUAAUCAAACCCCGCUGCUGCACCGUGCACCUUCUUUGGAGAGAGUUGGAGGGAGAGAGCGAAAGAGAGAGAGAGCGCGCGCGCGCGAGAGAGAGAGAGACAUGUACCAGAUAGACGGGAGGCUAUCUGUGCGCAGGUCUACGAAAUGAGACGAGUGCUGUUAAAAACUCAAAGAGACAUUUAAUAAAUAGAACAUAUGUUUUUCUAUAACAUGUGUAAGACCGGAGCUCUACCCAUCCUGCGCUGUAGCAUGCUCUGAAACCUCGCGCCUAUUCAAUAUGUCCCCAGUGGGCUCGGAGCGGAGAGGAGCCAAUACAAGCGGGAUGGAGGCGUGUCUUCGCUCUUCCACAAGACCUCCCAGAGCAGGUUGUUGCGUUUUGGCUCUAAAGCCUGGAGACCUCCGAAGUGCUCGUCAGUUUUCGAAGUAGGAGCCAUGGCGACAACAGCUCAGUAUAUUCCGAGGAAUAACUCCUUGCCGUCUAACCCGCUCAUGCAUCCGGAUUCGGAUAGGAUGCACCAGGGGACGACCUACAGAGAGGUGCAGAAAAUGAUGCACCACGAGUACUUGCAAGGGCUGGCGGCGACCAACACGGGACACCCGAUGAGCCUGACGCACCACCAGUGGCUGCCCACCUCCAACACCGACUGGUCCACCGGCACCCACAUCGGCCAGCAGGAGCACAAAGCUACGGUGCAGGCGACCCGGGAGGACCUGAGCAGCGGCUUCCACCACAGAUCUCACCUGGUGCACCAGCAGACGCAGAGCAGCCACCAUGGUUCGUGGGCGCCCGCCACUACGCACCACUUGUCCCCGCUGUCCCCUGCAUCCAACGCGGGCCACCAGCCGCUGGUCUACUCGCAGCCCGGAUACACAAACCUCAACGCGAUGCUGAGUCCCCAGCCCGGCUCCCUGCACCACGGCAUGCGCGACCCGCUCCACGACGAUUCGGGCAGCCACGACAACCAGAUGGAGUCGCCCCAGCAGGCGUUCAGCCACCACCAGGACCACUCGGACGAGGACGCGCCCAGCUCCGACGACCUGGAGCAGUUCGCCAAGCAGUUCAAGCAGCGGCGGAUCAAACUGGGCUUUACGCAGGCGGACGUGGGCUUGGCCUUAGGCACCCUGUAUGGAAACGUCUUUUCUCAGACGACAAUCUGCAGGUUUGAGGCGCUGCAGCUCAGCUUCAAGAACAUGUGCAAACUUAAGCCGCUCCUAAACAAGUGGCUGGAGGAGACAGACUCAAACACGGGCAGUCCCACCAAUUUGGACAAGAUUGCUGCGCAGGGCAGGAAACGAAAGAAGAGGACCUCCAUUGAAGUUGGGGUGAAAGGGGCGCUGGAGAAUCAUUUCUUAAAAUGCCCAAAGCCGUCUGCUCACGAAAUCACCAGUUUAGCCAACACGCUGCAGUUGGAAAAAGAGGUUGUGCGCGUUUGGUUUUGCAACAGAAGACAGAAAGAGAAAAGAAUGACACCAAUUGGGCUCCCUCACCCGAAUAUGGAGGACGUAUAUUCCCAAGCGGAGACCCCUCCUCUACACCGCACACUACAGAGUCCUGUACAGUGACUGUUUUCAUGAACUAUUCGCGCAGGGAUAGAAAAGGGAAAGGGACUAUGGAGUUUACAGUAUUUAAGUUUGGCUUUUGUUUUGUUUUUUUGCUGAGAGAAAAGAGACGUGGAAAAGUUGAACAGUUGUGUCCUUAUAGUAUUCGUCAACACAUAUAUGGCAAAGAGAGCAAAUGUUAAGAGGAAGAGAGAAAAAGAAGAAAAAAACAGAAAAGACACACACACAUAAUAUUCGCUACUUCUGAUUCCGUGCGCAUUUAAAAAGUGAAACACAGAUCUUUAUUUACCAAAAUGAUAUGGAGGAGAAGGCAUAUAAAGUCAAUUUGAUAUCCCAUGGCUGUUUCAAAAUGGGGAGUAAUUAAAUGUGGCAACCGGGGCCAUCACCUCCUGGUGUACCACGAACUGUUGGCGCUCACCAGAACGAGGUGGCUGCCUGGAGACGACCAACAUGGAGAGAUCUACACUGAAUGAACAUUUUGCUUUUUCAGCCUUGAACUGAUUAACCAGAUUUAUCUGAAUAUUGGUGUAUACUUUCUUUGUUCUAAGUGCGAUGUUUUGGUUUGGAAAUACUUUAACUUCAGUGUCUCUCUUUGAUUUCUUUCAUUAUUUGCUGUAUAGGCACUGUGACUCAUCAGAGAAAGUCUCUUUUUGUGUUGUUGUCCUGUCUACUCAGUGGGAGUUGAGGGUGGUGAAGUGAUGGAAAUUAUGGCACCCGAAACACUCAUAAUUAGGGCCAAACACAUUUCAUAAAAAUGCCCAAUGCAACAGGACGUUUAAGUUCUGACUGCAUGCCUUCAAAUACUAGUUCACGCUUUGAAGCUGACCACGUCGACAUUUGCAAACAGCACCAGACGCUAAAAAGGGAAUUCUUUG